ACCUAUAACCAUGGCAGCGGGUUCGGUCGCAGCUCCGCGCCUCAUACCCCUCCGCGCGCCGGGUCACGGAAGGGCAGGGCAUGAGGUGGACACCGCAACACCUGUUGAGAUGAAAUCAGACUCUACAGAUGUGCAGAUCUUCUACACUCUGGAUGGUAGUAGUCCCGAGGCGUGGCGGACAGUGCGAGGGGGGGAGAACUCCACCAUGAGGUACAGCGGAGCCCUCCUCCUCCCCCCAGGGAAGGUCUCCGUCAGGGCUGUGGCUGUCACCAGGGAUGGCAGGCAGAGUUCUACCAUGACCAAAGUGUUCUUGGUGUCGGCAAAUGUAACGUCGCUGAGAGGCCAGGAAGACCUCAAAGACAAGGGAUUUGGCCAGGAGACACUGCAGUGGACAGAAAGGGGUACCCCCAGCCAGUCUCUGCCGCAAAGUCCUGCAGAUGUUCUAAGAUCAUCUGGAGGCACUCGGUUCCUCAGUGGUCGUCUGGGACCCCAAGACCCCCAGACCCAGAAGAGCUCCCCCCCUACAGAACCCCCAAGACCGAGGACACUGCAGGCCACAACAGGCCACACCCAGAGCACUAGGGUCCAGCGAGAAGCGGACUUCCUCAGGUGUACCCGGUGUUUUUGUGAUCGUCCGUCUGAUCCAUUCUCGCGGUUCUGUGUCCACUGUGGCGCCUCACUUCCUCCCGUCCCGGGACAAAGACUGCCCCCUACUGAGGCAGGACAGAUGGGGGUGUGUUUUGUCUGUAACACACUGGUGCCUGUCAACACGCCCUCCUGUCUGAUCUGUGAGGCGGCCAUCCCACCUCAACUACGCCCCCAAGCCCGCAUCAAGUUGAAGGACAAAGUCUUGUGUGUGGUGUGUUGCAGUGUGAACCCAGGUCAUAUCUCCCACUGUGUGACCUGUGAGAACCGACUCGUCCCCACUCCUGCCUGGACGGCGGCCCCCCCCCCGCCCCCUGCUGGCGACCAGAGGCUGGCCUGCUCCCAGUGUCAGCGCACCAACCACCAGGACGCUAGGUUCUGCGACUGGUGCGGCGCCAAGCCCUCCCACCCUCUGAGCAGUGUGUUAUGCGGGGGCUGUGGCGCCAGCAGCCACCCCUACGCCUCCUACUGCUCCGCAUGCGGCCUCCUAUUGGUCGCCCCCCCACGAAGCCACGCCUCCUCUGUCCCUGCACGGAGGGCACCCCCACAGGGGUCACGGUUGACCGCCAAUGGAGUCACCUGGCGGUCCCUGCGCUCCCCAAACUCCUCCCACAGCACCUCACAGGCCACGCCCACCCGGGCCAGAGCCCCGCCCACCGCGGACCGGCAAACCCAGACAGUGGGUCUGUUCUACCCGUCUGGCGCUGAACUACAGAAGAGUCACCAGCAGAGGGAGCUGGCGGAGCAGGCAGCGCCUCGCAGGCCACUACUCACUGCAGUGAGCCCGGGAAGAGGGUACUGGAGGCAGCAGGUAGACCAUGUGUGUGCUCACCUGCGCGCCUACGCCCAGAACAACCCCCACUUCAGAACGCUGCUGGGGGAGCCUCGGAUGGGGCGGAUGGCGACCGUUGUGAUCAAGGAGGACGACUUCGAAGUGAGUCUGAGGCUCAGCUUCCUGCUGGGGGGGCCGGAGCCCCCGGGCACCCAGGCUAGCAGAGAGAAGCGUGCUGGGGAGAGCCCGGACCAAACCCAGACCCUGAGCAGCGUUACAGAGGGACAGAACCCUGGGAUCAACCCUACCAGUCUGGGAAAGAAGCAACCAGCACCCCGGCCCAAGCCCCGCUUGCAGACUACCCAGAAGCCCCUGGACGGCCUGCUGCUGAAGGAGGUCGGCCCGGGGGGGCAGGGCGGCGUAGCUGUGGUGCAGGAACUCCUCGACCAGGGGGCAGACCCGAUGUGUCAGGACAGUGAGGGGCAUUCCGUCCUGGUGGUUGCCGUAGUGAACGGACGCCCUGACAUCAUCCCUGUCCUGGUGCAGAGAGGAGCCGAUGUCAACCAACAGUCUGGACCGUUCAAGAACACUGCUCUCCACGAGGCAGCAUCGCAGGGCUCUGGAGGCCUGCAGUCUGCUAAAGUCCUGCUGGGGUGCAGAGCCCGGAUGAAGAGGAACGCUCAGGGCGACACGCCGUACGACCUCUCCCUGACCUGCGGCUGCCCCCCCAUGGUGCAGCUUCUCGCGGCCCAGCUGGGACACACCUUGCUGGGCACGCUGCUGCCGAACCCGGCCAGGAUCAGCCUGGAGCCCACAGCCACCGUCAGCAGCAGCAGCAGCGGCUGACCCUCACCGGCAGGACCGAACGACUGUCGGGGAUAAACUGCUGCCCAGAGGACCGCAUGAUGACAUCAUAACGAGGGCCGGUCGGACAGGAGGGUGAACCAGGCUGAAGGGCAGCUGUGGUAGGGUGGUUCUACAGAAGUGUGUGCGCCACUAUCGGUGACAUCACCCGCACCAUGGAAACAGAAGCAUGUAUCAACAGUCAGAUAAACUGAACACACGAGGACGCUGGGUUUGGCCUUCAGGAUCCAGGCGACAGAUGGAGCGCAGCACUUUGAACUCAAAGUGUACUUGGGUUUAGAAAUGAAGAAAGCUGUUGGUGGUUAACUUCUGCUGGCUUAAGUGUUAAGUUACAACUGAAAUUAACACCUCUCUGCAUAUGUAAUCUUUGUAACUUGUUAUUUCUCUUGUUGGGACAGAUGUUUUUUAGAAAUAUUAAAAUACGUAUAACUUCUAUCAUACUGACCUCCGACCACAGCACAGUCUGACACACAGGAUAUGAGGUCAUCAUUACACAUCAUGAACAUCACCCUUAAC